AUGUUAUUGGGUUUACCUAUUAAUGGUAAAGCGGUAAACGGUCUCGCUAAUCCUCGUGGUAGUAUGAUAGAAGAACUUUUAGGGGUCGAACCAACCCCAAGCAAUUUGAGGGGCCAAAAACUAUUAUUAUCAUGGCUCAAAAAACUUUAUAGAGAGAUAACAUUAACCUUAGACUCUCCAGAAAUAUUGAAAAUCAGAAAAACUAGAAUUUAUAUUAUGCUACUAAUAGGCUUAUUUUUAUGUCCGGAUGCAAGUGGUAACGCUAUUCAUCCUAUAUAUUUAGUUUUAUUAGAUGACGUAGAUAAAAUAAAAACAUAUAGUUGGGGAUCUGCCACACUAUCACGCCUAUAUCGCUCUUUGUGUAGCAACGCAACAGAAAAUUCGGGAAAUUUUACCGGAUGUGGUGUUCUUCUUCAAGCUUGGGGUUGGUCAAGAAUGACCAAUCUAGCACCUAGCCAACACAAUAAUUUCGGAUUCCCAUACGCUACAAGGUGGUCUUCACUUGGGAUGAAUUAUGAUAACUGUCCCCAUUACAGUAUCGCCCAGUACCGAAAUCUUCGGGAUCAUUUGGGUCAAGAUGAUUUUAUUUGGCGGCCAUAUCUUGGUCUAGAAGCCAUUCAUGAAGUUAACGAACACGACUCUGCAGUGUGGAGUGCAAAGGUGCCGAUUACCAACUUCACCAUCGUGGAAAUGCACAACAGUGAUUGUGUCAAGCUUUAG